AGAUGACGUCUUAGCUGGAUCGGGAUAUCGGGAGAGCCGGAAGAGCAGCAGACAGAGCGGAGGACCUCCGCAGUUUCUACCAACGGCCAAAGCGGAGCUCAUCUACCGGGACGGACGGUCCACCUCAGCCGGCUGGAGUUAACUAUUCCUGGGAGAAGCGAGCGACUUUGGCUGAUAGAAGAUGUGGAAAGCUGCUGCAGGUCAGAAUAUCAAGGUGGCCGUGGAUGACGGAGGAGAGGACUGGGAGACCGACCCCGACUUUGAGAAUGACGUGUCGGAGAAGGAGCAGCGCUGGGGUGCGAAGACGGUGGCCGGAUCAGGACAUCAGGAGCACAUUGACAUCCACCGGCUGCGUGAGACCGUGUCCACAGAGCACACCAGCCUGAAGCAGAAGGAGCUGGAGAACAUGCCCAAGGCCUCGCACGGAUACGGAGGGAAGUUUGGCGUGCAGCAGGACCGUAUGGACAAGUCUGCUGUGGGUCACGACUACCAGAGCAAGCUGUCCAAGCACUGCUCCCAGACGGACACCGCCAAGGGGUUCGGAGGGAAGUUUGGAGUUCAGGCCGACCGGGUGGACAAGUCGGCUGUCGGCUUCGAGUACGCUGGGAAGACGGAGAAACACGCCUCGCAGAAAGACUACACCACCGGGUUCGGGGGCCGGUACGGCGUGCAGGCGGACCGCGUGGACCAGAGCGCCGUGGGGUUCGACUACCAGGGCAAAACGGAGAAACACGAGUCGCAGAAAGAUUACGCAAAAGGCUUUGGAGGAAAGUUUGGUGUGGAGACGGACAAGGUGGACAAGAGCGCUGUGGGCUUCGAGUACCAGGGCAAAACGGAGCGGCACGAGUCGCAGAAAGACUACGUGAAAGGCUUUGGCGGGAAGUUUGGAGUUCAGACGGAUCGGCAGGAUAAGUCUGCGCUAGGAUGGGACCACCAGGAGAAGCUGCAGCUCCAUGAGUCCCAAAAAGAUUAUUCCAAAGGGUUCGGAGGGAAGUUUGGUGUCCAGAACGACCGCAUGGACAAGAGCGCUGGAACCUUUGAGGACGUGGAGAAGCCGAAGCCGUCCUACCAGAAAACCAAACCUGUAGAAGCUGCGAGCAGCAGCACCGGCAGCAUCAAAGCACGCUUCGAGAACAUCGCCAAGCAGAAGGAGGAGGAGGACCGGCGGCGGGCCGAGGAGGAGCGGGCGCGCCGACAGGCCAAGGAGCAGCAGGAGCAGGAGGAGGCGCGGCGGAAGGCGGAGCGGCCUGCCUCUCCUGUCCACGCUCCGAGUCCGACUCCCCCAACUCAGCCUGAAGAGGAGUACCAGAACAAUCAGGAAGUUCUAAGCGAAGCUGCUAGAGACUCAGAACCGGUCUACGAGAACACGGAGGACACCCAGGAUGACUAUGAACAACCAGAUCUCUACCAGAACCCGGAGGAGCCCGCUGCAGCAGACGAGUACGGAGAGGACCUCGGGGUGACGGCUGUGGCUCUAUACGACUACCAAGCAGCCGGCGAUGACGAGAUCUCCUUUGACCCCGAUGACAUCAUCACCAACAUCGAGAUGAUCGAUGAGGGCUGGUGGCGCGGCGUUUGCAGAGGCGCCUACGGCCUCUUCCCUGCCAACUACGUGGAGGUGCGGCAGUAACGGCGCUCCUCCUCACCUCAUGUUAGAGCUUCGACGCUGCGCCGGCCCCUUGGUCUCCUCGCUUUCUUUCCCUCCCUCCAUCGUCCCGUCAGAUCCUACUUCCUGUGCAGCAGCAGACAGGAGGAGCAGCUUCCUCCGCCUUAGAAGCAGAUAGAUGCAGCAGGUCGCUUAACUUUUACUCCCUGAAGAUGCAGAUUAAUCAGGAUGAGUUUGGAAAUGAAUUUAGUCUGAGUAGAAACUGGCUGAACAACAGGAGGGGCCGGAGGCAGCUGUCUGUAGCUCCACCCUUAACUUCUGAUCAUGGACCAAAAUCUGUUUCUCCAUGUUGGACCAGAGGUCCGACUCCCUCCUGACUGAAGCUGCACCUGAUGAUUCAUUUUAAGCUUUGUCAGAUGGUAUUAUUGCCUCUAAACGAUCGUGGGAGGGGGAGCUAACCCUUCCCUCCUUCCUUCAGAGUAUUAUGGAUGCCCCGUUUGGAAUCAUGUCCCGGUAAAUCUGUUCCUGUCGCCGUUCUUCUCUUAAACGUUGAAACAUUUUGAUUGAGCUGCUCUGAAUGUUGUUUUUCUGUCUUAAUGUUUCUUCACCACCAGGGGGCGUCUGUUGACCUCAGAGGUGAUUGACCUUUAAAAACAGCGAUGGCGGCUAAACAGGCUCAUUUUUAAUAAUUCAUCUCUGGGUUUUAUAAUAAGUGACCUUUUCAAAUGGAUUAUUUUUGUGUUUGUUUCAGUUACAUCAUAACCUGCUCGUUUAUUUGUUGUUUUUUUUUCUUAAGUUUCAAUAAAUAAAGUAUGAACAUUUAACCCUG